CCCGCCGCCGGAAGCGGAAAUAGCACCGGGCGCCGCCACAGUAGCUGUAACUGCCACCGCGAUGCCGAAGGCGCCCAAGCAGCAGCCGCCGGAGCCCCAGUGGAUCGGGGACGGAGAGAGCACGAGCCCAUCAGACAAAGUGGUGAAGAAAGGGAAGAAGGACAAGAAGAUCAAAAAAACGUUCUUUGAAGAGCUGGCAGUAGAAGAUAAACAGGCUGGGGAAGAAGAGAAAGUGCUCAAGGAGAAGGAGCAGCAGCAGCAGCAGCAGCAGCAACAGCAACAGCAGCAGCAAAAAAAGAAGCGAGAUACCCGAAAAGGCAGGCGGAAGAAGGAUGUGGAUGAUGAUGGAGAAGAGAAAGAGCUCAUGGAGCGUCUUAAGAAGCUCUCAGUGCCAGCCAGUGAUGAGGAGGAUGAAGUACCUGCCCCAAAACCCCGCGGAGGGAAGAAAACCAAGGGUGGUAAUGUUUUUGCAGCCCUGAUUCAGGAUCAGAGUGAGGAAGAGGAGGAGGAAGAAAAACAUCCUCCUAAGCCUGCCAAGCCAGAGAAGAAUCGGAUCAAUAAGGCCGUAUCUGAGGAACAGCAGCCUGCACUCAAGGGCAAAAAGGGAAAGGAAGAGAAGUCAAAAGGGAAGGCUAAGCCUCAAAAUAAAUUCGCUGCUCUAGACAAUGAAGAGGAGGAUAAAGAAGAAGAAAUAAUAAAGGAAAAGGAGCCUCCCAAACAAGGGAAGAAGAAGGCAGAGCAGGGUUCAGAGGAAGAAGGAGAAGGGGCAGAAGAGGAGGAGGAAGGAGGAGAGUCUAAGGCAGAUGAUCCCUAUGCUCACCUUAGCAAAAAGGAGAAGAAAAAGCUGAAAAAACAGAUGGAGUAUGAGCGCCAAGUGGCUUCAUUAAAAGCAGCCAAUGCAGCUGAAAAUGACUUCUCCGUGUCCCAGGCAGAGAUGUCCUCCCGCCAAGCCAUGUUAGAAAAUGCAUCUGACAUCAAGCUGGAGAAGUUCAGCAUCUCCGCUCAUGGCAAGGAGCUGUUCGUCAACGCAGACCUGUACAUUGUAGCCGGCCGCCGCUACGGGCUGGUGGGGCCCAAUGGCAAGGGCAAGACCACGCUCCUCAAGCACAUUGCCAACCGAGCCCUGAGCAUCCCUCCCAACAUUGAUGUGUUGCUGUGUGAGCAGGAGGUGGUAGCAGAUGAGACACCAGCAGUCCAGGCUGUUCUUCGAGCUGACACCAAGCGAUUGAAGCUGCUGGAAGAGGAGCGGCGGCUUCAGGGACAGCUGGAACAAGGGGAUGACACAGCUGCUGAGAGGCUAGAGAAGGUGUAUGAAGAAUUGCGGGCCACUGGGGCGGCAGCUGCAGAAGCCAAAGCACGGCGGAUCCUGGCUGGCCUGGGCUUUGACCCUGAAAUGCAGAAUCGACCCACACAGAAGUUCUCAGGGGGCUGGCGCAUGCGUGUCUCCCUGGCUAGGGCACUGUUCAUGGAGCCCACACUGCUGAUGCUGGAUGAGCCCACCAACCACCUGGACCUCAACGCUGUCAUCUGGCUCAAUAACUACCUCCAGGGCUGGCGGAAGACCUUGCUGAUCGUCUCCCAUGACCAGGGCUUCUUGGAUGAUGUCUGCACUGAUAUCAUCCACCUCGAUGCCCAGCGGCUCCACUACUAUAGGGGCAAUUACAUGACCUUCAAAAAGAUGUACCAGCAGAAGCAGAAAGAACUGCUGAAACAGUAUGAGAAGCAAGAGAAAAAGCUGAAGGAGCUGAAGGCAGGCGGGAAGUCCACCAAGCAGGCGGAAAAACAAACGAAGGAAGCCCUGACUCGGAAGCAGCAGAAAUGCCGACGGAAAAACCAAGAUGAGGAAUCCCAGGAGGCCCCUGAGCUCCUGAAGCGCCCUAAGGAGUACACUGUGCGCUUCACUUUUCCAGACCCCCCACCACUCAGCCCUCCCGUGCUGGGUCUGCAUGGUGUGACAUUCGGCUACGAGGGACAGAAACCACUCUUUAAGAACUUGGAUUUUGGCAUCGACAUGGAUUCAAGGAUUUGCAUUGUGGGCCCUAAUGGUGUAGGGAAGAGUACACUACUCCUGCUGCUGACUGGCAAGCUGACACCGACCCACGGGGAAAUGAGAAAGAACCACCGGCUGAAAAUUGGCUUCUUCAACCAGCAGUAUGCAGAGCAGCUGCGCAUGGAGGAGACGCCCACUGAGUACCUGCAGCGGGGCUUCAACCUGCCCUACCAGGAUGCCCGCAAGUGCCUGGGCCGCUUCGGCCUGGAGAGUCACGCCCACACCAUCCAGAUCUGCAAACUCUCUGGUGGUCAGAAGGCGCGAGUUGUGUUUGCUGAGCUGGCCUGUCGGGAACCCGAUGUCCUCAUCUUGGAUGAGCCAACCAAUAACCUGGACAUAGAAUCUAUUGAUGCUCUGGGGGAGGCCAUCAAUGAAUACAAGGGUGCUGUGAUCGUUGUCAGCCAUGAUGCCCGACUCAUCACAGAAACCAAUUGCCAGCUGUGGGUGGUGGAGGAGCAGAGUGUUAGCCAAAUCGAUGGUGACUUUGAAGACUACAAGCGGGAGGUGUUGGAGGCCCUGGGUGAAGUCAUGGUCAGCCGGCCCCGAGAGUGAGCUUUCCUUCCCAGAAAUCUCCUGAGAGACAUACUUGCGUGGCCUAGAAGUCCCCUGUGGUCUCCCCUUCUCCUCUGAAGACUGCCUCUGGCCUGCAGCUGACCUGGCAACCACUCAGGCACAUGAAGGUGGAGUGUGACCUUGAUGUGACCAGGAUCCAUUUCUCUGAAAGACUUGUUUGUUUUGCUUUUCUUCAUAUAACUGAGCUGGCCUUAUCCUUGGCACCCCCUAAACAAACAAGAGGUGACCACCUUAUUGUGAGGUUCCAUCCAGCCAAGUUUAUGUGGCCUAUUGUCUCAAGACUCUCAUCACUCAGAAGCCUGCCUCUGGUUUACGCUAUAGCUUCACCCCAGCUGCCCCCUGGUCUUUGGGUGGUGCUGUUCUUUUCUGGUGGAUUUAAUGCUGACUCACUGGUACAAACAGCUGUUGAAGCUCAGAGCUGGAGGUGAGCUUCUGAGGCCUUUGCCAUUAUCCAGCCCAAGAUUUGGUGCCUGCAGCCUCUUGUCUGGUUGAGGACUUGGGGCAGGAAAGGAAUGCUGCUGAACUUGAAUUUCCCUUUACAAGGGGAAGAAAUAAAGGAAAGGAGUUGCUGCCGACCUGUCACUGUUUGGAGAUUGAUGGGAGUUGGAACUGUUCUCAGUCUUGAUUUGCUUUAUUCAGUUUUCUAGCAGCUUUUAAUAGUCCCCUCUUCCCCACUAAAUGGAUCUUGUUUGCA